AUGGUGUGCACACCUCGGACCGCUGGUGAAAACACCAUUACUGUAGCGGUACGGAAAAGGCCUAAAAUAAUCCCGAAGGAAUCGGAUGAGAAUGACGUGGUGCGUUGUGAGGGGUCAACUACCAUUGUUGUAUACGAGCCAAAGACAAAGUUAGACCUCACUCCUGUUAUUGAACCCAACGUAUUUAGUUUUGACCACGUCUUUGAUGAUACAUCAACUAAUGCAGAUGUGUAUGAAACCUGCUGUCGCCCAUUGCUGCAAGACGUAAAAGAAGGUGGUGGUGCUGUUAUCUUUGCCUUUGGACAGACUGGUAGCGGCAAGACACACACAAUGCUCGGGCGCGCAGGUGUUUGUCAGGGAUUAUACGGAUUUACUGUGGCCGAACUCCUUACAACAGGUGCGGCAUCCGCGCUUGUUGUUAGUUUCUACGAGGUGUACGGGGCGAAACUCUUUGAUCUCCUUAAUGGACGUGCAGCUGUAAAGAUGUUACAAGAUGAGUUUCGCAAUAUUCACAUAGUUGGCCUCUCGGAACGUGAGGUGUCUACUGAAGAAGAACUGCGUCAGCUUAUGUCAGAGGGCCAGAUGCUACGUGCAAGCGGAAUUACACACGCUAAUGAUAGAAGUUCAAGAUCCCACGCGAUACUUGGAAUAAAAGUUCGUAUGCAAGGAGGUACGGUUCCUUGUGGUAGAAUUACAUUUGUAGAUUUGGCCGGUAGUGAACGGGCAGCUGAUACGGCUGAUGCAGACAUUAAAGUACGUCGAGAGGGGGCUGAAAUAAAUAAGUCACUCUUGGCCUUAAAGGAAUGUAUUCGUGCUAUGUCAAUGCGCAAAAAGCAUAUACCUUUUCGUGCCUCUAAGUUAACGCAAAUAUUAAGUGAGAGUUUUACUGGCCGAUGUAAAACAUGUGUAAUUGCCAAUAUCUCUCCAUGUCAGCGUCACUGCGAGGACACAUUGAACACUCUGCGUUAUGCCCAUCGAAUUAAAGAAUUGAAAUGUCCGACGAAUGGUAUGCUCGAACAUGAGGUACCAACACCCUGUCCCAACUGUGGUUUACCUGUUUUUACAGGUGACAAGCAUGUUUGCUUGCGCAUGAACGUGCAAUGUCCACAUUGCCGACAGGAGAUGGACAAACAAGAUCUUGAGGCUCAUCUCACAGAGUGUAAGGAAUUUCCUAUUCGAUGUCCACACUGUAAUGAACACCUCUUCCGUGGAGAAUUAGUACGACACAAUCGUCGCUGUGUUAGAUUUCCUGUUCGCUGUCCAUAUUGCUCUGCCCAUGUCCUGCGAAACGCAUUGGAAAAACAUAUCCUAGCAGAAUGUGCCGCAGCAAAGGAAAAGUGUAGGUACUGCGGAGAACUCUUUCCGAGACACUCUUUAGCCUCACAUGAACUUGAAUGUGAUAUGAUGAAAGUUGCAUGCUCCUUUUGCUUGCAAUAUGUUCGCAAGGGACGUUUAGAAGCACACACUGUGUCGUGUUGGAAAAACCCGAACCGAAAGGUUCUACCAACACCACUCCGUUCAGAGUCAAGUCCCUCAGUAGCUCCUUCUACUGAGCCAGACUCACGCGUGUCAAGGGAGAAAGAACAACAGGGUCAACAACUACAGCAACAGCAGCAACAACAACAACAAGAGCAACUACAACAACAGCGUCGGCUGAUUGGUGGAAGAGUACCACGACAACUCAAACUACCUCGACGAUCAGGGUCAACAUGUAAUGGUGAUGGACCAUCAUCAUCAUCAUCAUCACCAUCUCCCUCUAGAGUUCGUAGUGAUGGAGAACAUGUCUGUCCCUAUGCGAGGUACGGUUGUAGUGAUGUAGUAACGGAUUCAAACUUGGCAACGCAUCUUACAGCUGCAGUUGCUAAACACCUCCGUUUGGUGUCUAUCUACGCCGACCGAAUGGACGUGGAGAAUGCCGCACUACGUCGUCUUGUGGUUACCAACAAUAGUCAAGCCCCCGAAACGCAAUGA